AUGAUAUUCAUUUCGUGCUCUAAGAGAAAUUACACCCUUUCUGGCUAUUACUGCCCUACGGGAUUUUUCAUUUCAUGGUUUUGGAAUAAUGCAUGCAUUGCAAUUCAGGCAAUGAGGUUCGGAAAUCUUCCCCCAUGGGCCAAUGAACUAUCGUGCAUUAUACGAGAGAAUGUUCUCUUGGAUGGUUUUUCUUCCAAAUGCAUGGGCCCAAAAGUUAGUGAUAGCAAUAAGGAAAGCCAUAUUUUUCCAUCAGAAAUAUUAUGGAGAGAACCACUGUUCGACCAAUUUAUAGUGAACAUAUACCAGCCAGGUGAGGGGAUCUGUGCCCAUGUCGACUUAAUGCGUUUUGAAGAUGGAAUAACGAUAAUCUCAUUGGAGUCAUCGUGUGUGAUGCAUUUCAGCUCGGUCGAAGCUGAAGUCAAAGGAUCUGUUGUACCCGCAGCUAAGAUUCCUGUACUUUUAACCCCAGGGUCUCUGGUUUUGAUGUGGGGUGAGGCACGAUACCUAUGGAAGCACGAGAUUAAUCGUAAGCCAGGUUUCCAAAUCUGGCAAGGCCGAGAAAUCAACCAGAAGAGAAGGGUAUCUGUGACGUUUAGGAGGCUAUGUCGAACUGAAUGA